UUCUCAGCAACUUAUCUGUCUUGAAAGAUCCCAUACCAAACCUUAAAAACAAAAACCUCUUUAAAUUAAUCGUCUGACUUCAUCAACUACAAUUGCCUCCAUUCUCUCCAAAUCCUGCUCCACCGUUAGGUUCUCAUUGUCCUCAUUAAGGAAUCACCUAAUCAUUGAUGGGGAAAGGUGGAGGCUGUGUACCAAGCAAGAAGAAAAAACACCCCUCUGCCCUUGCCAGUAAUUCCCAAGCCGACCAUGCUGACGCCCCUCCGCCGGUUCCAAUCCCCGAACAAUCCUCCGAAAUUCAGGCCAACGACACCAUCACAACAACAACAACAAUAGUUCAACCAGAAGUCGCCAAAUUGAAGAUAUUUAUUGUGUUAUAUUCUAUGUAUGGCCAUGUGGAGGGACUGGCCAAGAGGAUGAAGAAAGGCGUCGACGGUGUGGAGGGUGUGGAAGGAUUGCUUUUUCGGGUGCCCGAAACGUUGACGAGAGAGGUGUUGGAGAGCAUGAAAGCCCCGCCGAAAGAUGAAUCCAUUCCGGAGAUUUCGGCGGCGGAGCUGGUUGAGGCGGACGGGUUUUUGUUUGGGUUUCCAACGAGGUAUGGGUGCAUGGCGGCCCAAAUGAAAGCGUUUUUUGACUCCACUGGCCAGUUGUGGAAGGAAGGAAAACUUGUGGGAAAACCGGCCGGUUUUUUUGUGAGUACCGGUACUCAAGGCGGCGGCCAGGAAACCACCGCUUGGACUGCAAUCACCCAGUUGGCUCACCAUGGAAUGCUCUUUGUUCCGAUUGGUUACACAUUUGGAGCUGGUAUGUUCAAGAUGGAGUCUAUUCGAGGGGGUUCUCCAUAUGGUGCUGGAGUUUUUGCCGGUGAUGGCACAAGAGAGCCAAGUGAAACAGAGCUGGCACUUGCCGAACAUCAGGGCAAGUAUAUGGCUGCAGUAGUCAAGAGGCUUUGCCAGGCUUGAUGCAUGUCCUCUCCUUUAUGUUUGUUCGUUCAUUUGUGUUUGUUUGCUUGUUUUAUGAUUGUUUCCCACCCACAUUUUUUAUUCUAUUUCUGUUUCUGUUCCUCUUCCCGUUUAGAAGAUGUAAAUGGUAUGAAAUUCUUCUUUCUUCGUCUCCCCAAAUAAAAUGUUAAUUUGUGAGACGUCGGCUUUCUGUAUAUUUUCAUUUGAUAACUUGUAAUUUAUAGAGAUUUGAUGUGAUGUAAUAAAAUUUCAUUUUUGUUUCUACUC